CGCGGGGCGCACACGUCGCUCUCUUCACCACAUCUCACCACUGCGGUAGGAUCGGGGUGGCAUCAGCAGAGGAGCAGACGGCAGGCAGCCAACACAGUUCACUUGUUCCCGCUCCGCGCAACCCCAGAGGCGACUUUAUCACUUAGGAGGUACUUUUCCCUUGAAAGGACAUACAACAGCAGCAUCUCCCAGGUUUGUCCCUGCAGCCUGGCGAGAGCGAAGGAAGGAGAAGUUUUGAUCGUGUGAUUUGUGUGUGUGUUGUUUUUUUUUUUGUUUUGUUUUUUAUUUUUUAACCACAAUCCCUGUAACCUUGGAAGACUCACCUGGUUGCUGUGCGAGGAUGGGACCGCUACUCCCUUUCAUCGUGUUGUGUUUGAGCGCCGCUGUCCCGCACCGUGUGAAAGCAGAUGGUGAGGAACCAACUUCUCCAGGUCCUUGUCAUCCAAACCCCUGCCACAACAGAGGAACUUGUGAGAUCAGUGAGACUUACAGAGGCGAUACGUUCAUUGGUUACGUGUGCAAGUGUCCACAAGGCUUUAGUGGAGUUCACUGCCAGCGCAAUAUCAAUGAAUGUGAAAAGGAUCCUUGUAAGAAUGGGGGAAUUUGCACUGAUCAGGUUGCUAACUACUCUUGUGAAUGCCCAGGGGAGUACAUGGGAAGGAAUUGUCAAUACAAAUGUUCUGGACCACUGGGCAUGGAGGGCGGUAUAAUCUCCAACCAACAGAUAACAGCCUCCUCCACCCACCGUGCUCUCUUUGGCUUGCAGAAGUGGUACCCAUACUUUGCACGCCUCAACAAGAAGGGCCUGGUCAACGCCUGGACGGCUGCCGAGAAUGACAGAUGGCCAUGGAUCCAGAUAAACCUCCAGAGGAGAAUGAGGGUUACAGGCCUGAUUACCCAAGGUGCCAAACGUAUCGGCAGCCCAGAGUAUGUCAAGUCAUACAAAGUAGCCUACAGCGAUGAUGGGAAGACCUGGAGAACAUACAAAGUCAAGGGCAAAGAUGAGGAUAUGAUUUUCAGGGGAAAUGUUGACAACAACGCUCCAUCAGCCAACUCUUUUACACCUCCCAUUGAAGCCCAAUUUGUGCGCGUUUACCCCCAAGUUUGCAGGAGGCAUUGUACCUUACGCAUGGAGCUGCUUGGCUGCGAGCUGACAGGCUGUUCUGAACCACUGGGGAUGAAGUCAGGCCAUGUGCAAGAUUAUCAGGUCACGGCUUCCAGCAUUUUCCGAACACUCAACAUGGACAUGUUCACUUGGGAACCUGGAAAAGCCCGUUUGGACAAACAGGGCAAGGUCAAUGCCUGGACAGCUGGACACAGUGACCAGUCACAGUGGCUACAGGUGGACCUGCUUGUGCCAACCAAGGUUACAGGGAUCAUCACACAAGGAGCUAAAGACUUUGGCCACGUCCAGUUUGUUGGCUCAUACAAACUGGCUUACAGUAACGAUGGAGAGCGAUGGAGUGUAUAUCAAGAUCAGAAACAAGGAAAAGACAAGGUCUUCCAGGGCAACUUUGACAACGACACACACAGAAAGAAUGUGAUAGAUCCCCCAGUCUACGCUCGGUUUGUGCGGAUCCUUCCCUGGUCAUGGUACGGCAGGAUCACUUUGCGUGUAGAAAUACUGGGAUGCACAGAGCAAGAGUGAUGUCUCUCCCUUCUCCAUCUUUCUGUCAAUCAUCCCCCUCUUCUUUGGAAUACUGGAAUAUAUCAAGCAGUUGCUAAAACAUAAACUGUUCAACCUGUAAAAAGAAAUUAAUUUCCAAUAUUUUUUUUCAAGGAAUAAGCAUAUAGGUUGUGGUGGGGUCUUGUUAGUUCUUUUGUACAAUGAUUUCAAACCUGCCUCCUGUUUCACUGUUUCAGUUUCCUACUUAAAAGCGUGAUCUUUGUCUUUUUAUUCCUCUCAAAAAUUGCCAUCCUGUUUGGAAUGAACUUCUGUAAGAUAUUUGGGUCAGGGUUAGGGGUCACAAUGGGGUCUCACUGUGGUUUUACUGUGGAAGCUAUUGUACAGUGUCACUUUUUAACAAAGACGUUAAAACUGUCUGUCGUGCUUCAUGGGACAUUAUUAACCAACUUUGUAUCAUGACUAAACUGUCCAAGGAAGAAAAUAUAAUGAAACAUGUUUUGAAUUUCAUAAUUGAACCCCCUUCAAGCCAUGAAUACCUUCAAAGGAAAACAUUCAUCACAAUAUUAUUGACAUACCUGUAUUAUAUGUAAAAGAUUAAGAAACUGCAUGGUACAUGAAUUAUAAAUGUAUAUUAUGACAAAUCAUGAAAAACCUCCAGUCCUGAGAGCAAAUAGCUUUGAAUUAGGGACAUAUUUUUAUGUGCAUUUUUAAGUAGUUCUGACACAUUACUUUAAACUUAUAAAGAUUAGUGCUUUGUGAGACAACAAGCAAACACUGCGGGUAAAAACUUCUACUGCAGCACUUACACUGAAGCUUACGGGCUUUAUUUAUUUAUCUGAUUCGUUGCUCCCUAUUUCUGAUUAUAGCUGGUCUUUUUCUAAAACAUGCUCAUUCCUUUUUUCUACUCUCUUGUCAGAUUUAUGAAAUGUGUUGUAACGUCCUCAUGUUGUCUUGAAGAACUAAGAUGAAUUGAUUCAAGAGCUCAGGAUAGAUAUCAUUCACAAUACUCCCACAUAUAUUACCACUUGAAUUAUGUUUGGCCAGCUAAGCAUACUAUGAAUUUAUUGUACACAGAAAAUAGCAGAUGAGGGAAAGAAAUUACUAAAGUCAUCAGCAUAAUGUACAUACAUCAAAUAGUAAAGUUUUUUAUGUCUUAUAAUGAAAAGAAAAUAUUUGCUAAUUUUCAAAAGAAAACAAAUCAGGACUGUGUUAAUAAAAGUGUGUAAUUUGAUCGAACAUUGAUGAUGGGCUAUACCAACAAUAGAGAACUCUAGUGUUUAUUGCAGGGUACCUAAGUUUUAAGGUUUUGUGUUAAAACUGUACUUUUAUGUAAAGUAAUGCUUGCAGGACACAAAACUACAUAGAAUAAUUACAUAGGCAUUACAGAUGUGCUAUAAUACCAGUCGGGUCAAAAGUUUAUAACUUUGUUGCACUAUUUUGUAUUUUAUUUGCAUUUCACAAGAAAUGCACUGCUUUGGGAGAAACAACAUCAUUACAGCAUCAGUUUUCCACAUAUACAUGCUGUUAAUAGGCGACGAGAUCUCCAACUAAGAAAGGCUGACGUGUUUUUCACAAAGGACCAGGCAGAAUACAUACCACACACACAUAGGUCCUAAAUCGCCGCAGGUAUUACUUAUUUUCAUACUAUGUUGUGUAGAAAUUCGGCCUACACCAACAAAGAUUCCCUCACCUUUGCAGACUGAGUGACAUAGAGGCUCUCUCAGCAUUGGGUAAAACCUGUUUUUAUUAAUAAAAUUAUUUGACCAAUUGGAGGUACUCAGAUUUUGUACAAAGUAAUAAAAUUUCAUUAAAAAUGGGUAGAUAAUAAGUAUAACUUACAAAACUAUGAUGGUACAUCGCAGCAAAAUUAAAUUACUGUGCACCAUCAGAACUGAAAUUUCACACCCUUUAUCCCAAUACAAAUACACUGUACAAAUGGAGACUCAUCAUAUGGAAAACAUAUAGUGUACUUCAGAGAUUAGAUUGAGCUUGAUGUUUCAGGAAAUGGUUUUCAUUUCUCUACCUUUCAAGUCGAGAAAAGUACAAUUUUUUAUUAUGUGACAAAUUAAGAAACAGUGUGAUUGUUUCUUUUACAUUUAUGCAGUUUUUUUUUUCUGCAUAAAGUCGCUUUUACUGUUUGGGUGAGAAAAAAAACACGCUUUGUUGGCUAUUCUGUAGUUAAAAGUUGGUCUGCCAAAAUUAGUGAGUGCUACAUUCAGAUAUGUGCCACAAAUGAUUUGAUUUAUGGUUCGUCGGCUCUCAAAAGUUCUCUCAACAGCCAAAUAGUUUGUCUGCAUGUUUUUCUCUAAUGACCACAGUUGUUUACAUUAUUUCAUCUGAAAACCUGCAAGUUAAAAUUGACUCCAAACAUUUUCCUACUGAAGUCUAUUCUAAAAUAAUCAAGACAAGUCCAAAAUUUCAAUAAGAUUUACGUAGUGUGGUUUUGUGCCAGGAAAUUUUUUUGAAGUUAAAAAUCUCCCAGUAAUGUUUGUAAUAAGUUGGAAAAGUGGAGCUGAUCCGAGCAUACGCAGUAUAUUAAACACUUGUGUGAUACCCGUCUACUUUGUAAUGUCGCUGAUAUUAAAGGAAUGACUUUGAACAAUUCACUUGUGUAAGUUACACUGAACGCCUUUGCUGUAGAUUGUCAUUGUGUGAAAACUGUUCUUAGUGUGAAUCAGUGACUGCCACUCUGUAGGUUUGUGGGCAGAGAAUAAACGCAUUAAUUGUGUCUCACAAUUUUUUGGGCUAUUUAAAUUGUGAUCCGUAAAUGCUUUAUUGCCAAAUAACUGUCGUGGCCAAAACCUGCACUGAUCAAUCUUUGUAACCAGCUUUUACUUUCAGCAUGUAUGAUGGAGCAGGGCUGCUACAAAGUUUCCAGGACGUUUGCAUGAUGUACAAAUGAAAACAGUACAGUAUAACAAAGAUGUCCACCCCACACAAUCUUUCUUCAUAUAUAUCUGCAGUGUAACUAAUUUUUACUUUACACCUCCUGUCAGUUUGUCUUGCACAUUGUAAAACUUCAUUUAACAUGUUCAAAAUGGAAGCAAAGUGAGAAGCCAUGCUGUCUUUGUAUUUCUGUGUCAUCUGUUCACAAAUCGUUUCUUACCUCCUAUGUCUACAUCUAGAAAAGUAAGCAGUUUGAACACUGGUUAGGUUUAAUCCUGCAUAUAGGGGGGAGAGACUGUACAGUAAAAAAAAAUGUUGCUUCAAACAAACUCUUUCAGUUUGACAAAUAAAAACAUAUGUGUGAAAAUA